UUUUUUUGUGUGUGUGUGUGUGUGUGCGUGUAUAAUGUGUAUGUGUGUGCGUGCACGAGAUGCGUACGUCGCUUGCUGAAAAUUGUUCGGUUCGACAAAACAAUAACAACAACACCGAUCGACGUUGACGGUGCUCGUCGUUUUUUUCGGUAAUAAUAACAAUAUUGAUAUUGAUUAAUAAUUAUAAUAUGCGUGACGCCGCGGUGACGAUAACGCGAGUGACGAUCAUUUGAAAUCGUAAAAACAAAAAAAAAAAACAAAAACAUUGCGGCGUACACCGGGCAGGUUACCGCACCGCGCACCAUUGUGAUCGGCCGCCGCCGUGCCACCCGCGACAGACAGACAGUGGACAGUGGUGUAUCAGCGAGCGCACGAGGCGUACGAUAGCGCGUUUCUGUUGUGCGAGUCUAAUGCGUUUUUUUGAAAAUAACAUAUUAAGUACAUAGCGUUGUACUUGGGUAUUUUUUUUUUUUUGGAAAUUUCCCUUUAUAAAUGUCGGCGUCAAGUCCGUCGCCGUGUGAAGCCGCCACGUUCUUUUGCACGCACUCGGAUUGCCGUUUUGCCGUCGCAGACCCGUCGCGACGGGACGACUUCUUUGUGUGUGCUGCCGCCGCAAUGUGUAAUUGUUAUCACAAAAACGUCCACCAGUGCUGAGGUGCGUCUUCCGUGCCAAAAGCUCGCCCGCGCGUACCGUCAGUGCGAUAACCGUGGCCCAGGCAUGCACCGUCUGUUCUGAGCGUUACGGCUCCAACGAAACAACACAGCCCGCACGAUAUGGACUUACAGCGGAACGCAUUGUUAUAGCGAAUAAAAAUAGCUUGGCUCGUAGGAGAUGGCAAGAUUGAACAGUGCAAAUGUAAAACUAGUAUUCUUGUUGACUGUUUUGUUACCCGUCGCCUUAGCCAAAGAUACCAACCGAUAUGAUACGGUCUACGCUUGUGAAGGAAAAUACCUCAAACUGGAAUGUAGAGAAGGCGAAAUCAUUCAUUUGGACCGGGCCAUUUACGGUCGAUAUUCUAUUACAGUAUGUAACGACCACGGUAACACGGAUUGGAGUGUCAACUGUAUGUCCACUAACACUUUACCUCUGUUGCAAGCCAAAUGCAACGAAAAAAGGAAUUGCAGUAUUCAAGCCAACACCGGUUUGUUCUCCGAUCCGUGUCCCGGCACGAUGAAAUAUCUCGAAGCUCAAUAUCAUUGUAUUCCGGCAUCGCUGUCGACAACAACCGUAAGACCUAAUCCACCGUGGUUAAUAACGUCGCAACCCAGUGUUUGGAAUGCCGACAAGUUGUUGACCCUCAAACCCGCUACGCCGAUCCCGCCAGUUUUGUCAUCUCCACAAUUGGACGACCACGGCGGUUCCAACGUAGAAGAAGAACAUGUAUCAUCGGUUUCAUCGACUACAACCAGUACUGUGGCGACGUCGGAAUUAUCCAUAAGUCAUAACAACUCUAUUACCGAAGGAGAACAGAAUUUACCGUCAAUUUCAGUUACGACCGAAUGGAGUUCGCCGACUAGUGACUUACCGCCCCAAUUGAGUAUUAUCGAUGUUGAAGGAAUGGACGACAGACUAUCGUUGUCUUGUCCUCCUGAAACGUCGAGAAGUCUAUUCUGGAAUUGGACUAAAGCCGGCGAAGAGGCGGUGCAAGCUUGUCCUGGCGGUGCCGCUGGUGUUGCUAGAUGGCGUUGUCAAAGUCUGAUUGCCGGCAUACCGAUCAGAAUACCUCCUACGCCAGACCUGUCCGAGUGUCGUUCAGUGUGGCUGUCGAGCCUGGAAAGUAGACUUUUUCAAGGAGAUUCUAUUAUCAGCAUUGCAAAUGACCUUUCUCAGGUGACCGACAGUAAAUCGUUGUACGGUGGCGACAUGAUGACGACUACGAAAAUCAUUAGAGACGUCGCUCAAAAAAUGGAAAGAGACAUUAUGGUCACGUUUCCCGACAAGCAACAGCUAGAAGCCAUGGUCACCGAUUUGUUGCAAUGCGUAGUGCGAAUAGGCAGUAAUUUGCUUAACGCAACGCAGUAUCCGUCGUGGAGAGAUCUGACGUUCAACGAGCAAAUGCGGGUCGCCACAAACCUAUUGAUAGGAUUGGAGGAGAACUCGUUUCUCCUCGCCGACAUCAUGAUGAAAGAAAAGACAAUCACGCACAGCGUUAAAAAUAUUUUACUCAGCGUCCGUGUUAUCUCGACACAAAAUGUGGACACCGAAGUUUUUCCCAUACCGUACUCGUCGAACAACGAGUUCUUCAUGAACAACACAUGGUUACAAUUGCAAAAGUCGGCGCUGCUCGAGAACAGCGAGGCCGGAUUCAUACGAUUGGUGUACAUUGCUUUCGACAGUCUGGAAAACAUACUCCAACCUCAGUCGGCAAAUGGCGUGCGCAUCAUCAACAGUAAAAUCGUAUCGGCCUCGUUAGGCAAAGGAAAACAUAUACAGCUGCAUCAGCCGGUGACGUUGUGUUUCCAGCAUUUGCAAAUCGACAACGUUAGCAAUCCGACUUGCGUUUUUUGGGAUUACACAGAAAACGGAUGGUCGGAAGAAGGUUGUUCUGUGAUAUACACCAAUCAGACACAUACAUUAUGUCAGUGUAAUCAUCUGACAAAUUUCGCCAUACUGAUGGACCUGAAAAAUUCUGUGCCCACGCCGUCGAGUAUAACUUCCAACAAUCUGCUGGUGUACAUAAGUUGUAUAUUUUCCGGCGUUUGUUUCCUUUUGGCGGCGAUCACUCUUCAAUUUACCGUCAAGUCGAAUCGUACGGUUAUCUUGAAAAAUUUAUUUUUGUGCCUAUUCUUGGUCGAAUGCUUUUUCAUGUUCAGCAUGACCCAGGAAAAAGCCGUGUUUACGUGCACCAUAAUAGCGACAUUAUUACACAUUUCGUUGUUGUGUUCGUUUACGUGGACGUUCAUUGAAGGAUUCCACUUGUAUGCUACAUUAAUCGAAGUGUUCAACUCGGAAAUACUGCAAAUGCGUCUGUAUUAUUUGUUUGGUUACGGAAUCCCGUUGGGUAUUGUUAUGGUGGCUUGUUACUUAGAUCCUCACGUCUACAGUUCGAAUAAUUAUUAUUGUCUUCAGCCGAAUAACGUUAUUGUAUACAGUAUUAUAUUUAUUGUUUCUGUAAAUCUAGUCCUUUUAUGUCUAUCUUUGUAUAUAAUUAGAAGUAAUUCCUCUAUGAUGUCUGUCAAAUGCAAAGAAAACGUUAAGAUAACUUCUUUGAAGAUGUGGUUGAGAAGUGCAAUUUUGUUGUUGAUUUUUAUUACGCUGACUUGGACACUAGCAUUCCUUUACGUGACGUCAUACUCCACUUUUAGGCUGUACAUAUUUUCCGCCGUCAACUGUUCACAAGGGUUAAUUAUAAUUUUGCUCUACUGCAUAAAAAACAAUUCGGUUUAUAAGGUGUUUUCCGAGUUCACGCUGAUUUCCUUUUUGCCGUGGCGAUGCUGCCUGAUAAAUUCUACACCGGAAUUGAAUUUAAAUUAUAAAAAUCAGAGAACCAGCCUGUACGGCACUUCGGUCGGCCAAAACAGUCAAGGAAGCAUCGCCGAAUGUUCGACGCCGCGCUCCUUGUCUUCGCACAGGAUGAACACGUUCCAUCAUCCGCCUCACGACAAGCACACGAUCGGCAGCAAAGUAGUUACCGUGCAAAACGAAAUAGACGUGCCCGAAUUGGACAGUUCUUCACCGAAUAACGAUCAACAAACUGCUGUCCGCGGCGGAACGUUGCCGUACACUCGUUCUUGCCAGAGGAACUACUCUCGAACAAAACUGCCCAAAUCGUCCGGACAAACCAUGUUCGGCAACACUCUUCACAAACCGUCGUCUCAGAGCAAGACGAACGUGCAGGACAAAUGUUUUAGCCUGAAGCAACCGACUUACGUGCACAACAAUCACGGCGUGCCCAAGAUGUGCUCGCUGCGGUGUAACACGAUCGGUGAUGGUUUCAUCGGCGUCAGUGGCGUGCGGGCCACCAGUCCUUGGAAUCACACGUAUUCUGAAAUAAUGGGCGGCAUAUCGGCGUCGGGCGGGCACGAAGACCCGGUGUACGAAGAAAUCGAACGCGAGCGCGAGAGGGAGCGGGAACAAGCCGCUCUUGUGUCCGACUUGAGCGACGAAGAUGGUCGAAGAAACAGCGACAUGAGCCGACAGUCGUCGAAAAGCUACGGCGAUCACAGGCCGCUCAUCAUGGCUCCCCCGCAGAGCCCGGACGCUCACAAUUUUCACACGGCACUCAACGCUGCGUUCAGGCAGCAACUCAAAGAGCAGACGGCCAGAACGAUUGCAGUGCUCGACGGUCAGACGGUCGUGUGCCAUUUGCAGCCCGACCAAAGCGACGGUUACCCGUCGCAGCAAGGGGUACAACAUUAUACGUAUGAAUGUUGAAUCGUCGUCUAUAAUACAUUGUGCCCCAGUUUGUUAAGUGUAAAUAAUCUUUACUUUUUUACUGCUAAACCUAGGACAUAUUUUUUUUCUUAAGACUAUUGUAGAUUAACUGUAGGUACAAACAUACAUACAAAAAAAAUAAUAAAAAAUUAAGCAUUUCUUUUCUAAAAGUUUAUACAAAAUCGA